CUUCAUCACUGACACCAGCCUCAGCUUUCGCGCUCCCCAAUUGUCGCCGGACAGGGCCGUAAUUUCCCAAUUAAAAACCCUCGAAUUCUUCCAUAGCUAUUGGAAACAAAAUUAGCUACAAUUAAUUACGAAGGCCGAAUAAUGGAGAAAAAAUACGGAUUGCAACUUCGGGUGAAACCCUCGCAACAAAAGAAACUUCCUCCUAGACCUCCUCUUCCCAAGUCCCUCGGCUUUCGCGACGACGACGACGACGAUAACCGCGUUGAAGCUGAAAUUUCGCGGCAAGCCUACAAAAACAAGUCUCUUAGAGAUGUUGAGGAGCAGCAUAAGAAGGCAUUGGAAGAGGAUCCCUCGGCGUUUGAUUAUGAUGGAGUUUAUGAUCAAAUGAAGCAUGAAGUUGCUCGUCCUGUUGCCAAUGAUCGGCAGGAAAGGAAGCCUAAGUAUAUUACAACACUAAUGGAAAAGGCAAAACAAAGAGAACGAGAACAUGAGGUAGUUUAUGAGAGAAAACUUGCUAAAGAGAGAAGUCAAGAAGACCACCUCUAUGCAGACAAAGAUAAAUAUGUUACAUCUGCGUAUAAAAAGAAACUUGCGGAGCAGGCUAAAUGGAUGGAGGAAGAGCGUCUCCGGGAACUGCGAGAAGAGAAAGAGGAUGUUACUAAAAAGACAGACUUGACCGACUUCUACUUCAGCCUUGGAAACAAUGUUGCUUUUGGUGGGGGUAAGGCCGAGUUUACAAAGCCCAAGAAGCAGAGUGACGAACCUGUAAACAGAUCACCUGAAGAAGUGCCUCCUUUGCCAAACUCUGAACCUGAGUCAACUAAGGAGAUUAAGAGGCAUGAAAAUGAAAGUCAACGUUCUCCAAGGGAACAGUCUAACGAUGGAGAUGCCAAUCCUUCUUCUGAAGCUUCCGAACAUGAAAAGGCCAAAGAUGAACCAUCAGUAAGUGAACAACCAAGAGAUAACCAUCAUAAAAGAAAUCAGGACGCGUUAACUGCCGCAAAGGAACGGUUUCUGGCUAGAAAAAUGGCAAAGACUAAUUAACCAUAUAUUUAUUUUAGGUAUUCCGGAUGUUUCUGGCAUGAUAGAAGAAGCUCAUUUCCUGUUGAUUCUCUGUAUUCUGGUUCGGUGCAUGUCUCUUACUACACUCUCUUGUUUUUCUCCACUGUAUAAUUCUCUAUGGCUAUUUCUAAUAACUGCGCUGAAAUUACCUUCUUAUUGUCACUUUGUCUC